GCAACAAUGGCCUCAUCAGUCCUGGGGAUAGUCAAGGAGGAGGUGACCUGUCCUAUCUGUCUGGACCUCAUGGUGGAGCCUGUGAGUGCAGAUUGUGGUCACAGCUUCUGCCGAGCUUGCAUCACUCUGAACUAUGAGUCCAACAAAGGCAAAGAAGGAGAGAGCAUCUGCCCUGUGUGCCGAGAUAGUUACCUGUUUGGGAAUCUGAGGCCUAGUUGGCAUGUGGCCAACAUAGUGGAGAGGCUAACAGGGCUCAAGACAAGCUCAGGGGAGGAGCAGAAGGUGAAUGUCUGUGCACAACAUGGAGAGAAACUCCAGCUCUUCUGUGAGAAGGACAUGGUGGCCAUCUGCUGGCUUUGUGAGAGAUCUCCGGAGUACUGUGGUCACCAAACAGUUCUCAUUGAACAGGUGGCUACUAAAUACAAGGUGAUGCUCCAGUCUGCCCUGGAGAUGCAGAUGGCUAAUGAGGAAAGAUGUGACCAGUGGGAAGAUGACCUUCAAAAGGAGAGAACUUUCUGGAAGAAAAAAAUACAGAAGAAUGUAGAAAAGGUCCAGAAGAAGUUUAAAGAAAUGCAUGAAUUCCUGUAUUCGGAGGAGACGAAUAAGCUGCAGAAGCUGAUGCAAAAGGAGGAAGACAUUGUCAAAAGACUGGAAAAGUCUGAAAAUGAGCUGGUGAAGCAGAGGGAGUCAGUGAGUGACCUCAUCUCAGAUCUGGAGAAUGGGUUGAAGUGCUCAACCAUAGAGAUGCUGCAGGGUGUUAAUUGUGUCCUAACGAGGAGUCAGAAUUUAAGACUGAAACAGCCCAAAAUGAUUCCAAGAAAAGAGAAAAAGAUCUUCCGAGCUCCGGAUCUGAAGGGCAUGCUGCAAGUGUUUCAAGGGUUCCGGGAAGCCCAGCGCCACUGGGUUCACGUGACCCUGCCUCAACUCAACAAUAAAAACAUUGUCAUUAAUGUGGACAAAAGACAAAUACAACAUAGAAGUGGUUAUAGAAGAAAUUUGCAAGUUUCCGAGUCCUAUGAUUUAGGUGUCCUAGGGUAUCCAGCUAUCCACUCAGGGAAACAUUACUGGGAAGUAGACGUGUCUAGAUGUGAUGCCUGGAUCCUGGGAAUAAAUGAUGGAAGAUGUGCGAACCCCCAGCUUCAUGCAGUGAAUGAAAAGGGCUUCAGAGUCAUAAAAAAAUCUGUUGUUAAACAGGAUGUAAAAUAUCAGCCCCAAUAUGGCUACUGGGUUAUAGGAAUUACAAACAGGUCUGUAUAUAAUGUCUUUGAGGUGUGCUCUGUCCCUCAAAAUGCUAGUGUCUCGUUCCUUCCUCUGACUGGCUCUCCCACUCGUGUUGGAGUUUUCCUGGACCGAGAAGCUUGCACUCUCUCGUUUUAUGAUGUUUCCAAUCAUGGAGCUCUCAUCUAUAAAUUCUUUGACUGUUCUUCCCCUGGUGCGGUUUAUCCAUAUUUUAAUCCUAUGGAGUCAUCAGAGCCACUGACAGUCUGUGGGCCACCCUCUUAA